AUGCUGAGAUACCUGCGCCCGCUGACCGAACCCUUCUCGAAUCGCUACCGGCAAUACCUCCCACUCGCCACCAGUACUCCUCGUGGCAGCGUCAGUGCCCAAGGCGGCGCCACCGGCCCAUCAGCAUCCAACGAAACCUCUUCGCCAUCGUCACCUAUCUCGUCGGCACCAUUUCGGGGCUUGAGCAAGAAAGCGGUGUUUCGUCGACGGAACCUCGCUUGGCAUCUCCGAUGGCUCGCUGUGCUCCUGGUCCUGGCGUACACGGUCCAUGCUGCCGUGCUGCCGUUCUUCUUCCCACGCUCCGCAGCGUCAGAAGCAGAAGCAAGGAGUCAGGCACUCGACCUUCUCCACCAGCAGCUCGCCACGGCAUCCUACCCACAAGCGCCUUUUUCCAGCAGCGCAGAUGAACCCGCACCGGCCAGUGCAGCACAGUCGGUGCAUCGGCUGUUCCGCGACGUAUCGCCCGGAGUCGCUUCGCGAGACGUGCUCCCCAUCCGCGCCUACGAUGCCCUCAGCGAUGCGUGUGUCGAAGAGUGGGUGGCGCACCAUCGCUGGGGUGACGCGUGUCGAGACACGGAUCUGAGUGCAGGGCUCCAGAUCGACGCCGUGUGGGCGUGGGUCAACGGCAGCGACCCAGCCCAGGUGCUGGCGCGCAACGCCUACCGCCCAUCGUCUCGCAUCAACGUGGAUGCACAGCAUCGGUACGCGGAUCACAACGAGCUGUUGUAUUCGAUGCGCUCGGCGUACCAGUCUUUCGGAGGCAGCAAGGGGAUCGGCAAGAUGCAUAUUAUGGCCUCGGCGUAUCCAUUACCAGAGAGCGCGGCCGAGGGCGUAGCGAUACCCCCGGGAAAGGGCGGGAAAGUGAUGGUGGGGCAGGUGCCGUACUGGCUCAAUGUAUCGGCUGGUGGUGCAGAGGUAGGAGUUGAGCUGCACCAUGACGCCGAGUACUUUCGACCCAUGCAGCGGUCCGGAGAGCAGCACCUGCUGACGAGCGACGAUGUCGACACAUGGCGCGCGCAGACCCUGCCCAGCUUCAACAGCCUCGCGGUCGAGUCGCAGCUCUUCAACCUGCCCAACGCUUCCUCGGACCAGCUGGUCUACCUCAACGACGACUUUUUCACCAUGGUGCCCAACGCCGUCGCGGACCUCACGUCCCCGCUCUUCGGCACGGUGAUCAAGAGCGACACGCGCCUGUUUUCGUUCUACCGCCCGAGCGAGCAUCCGUUCCAGCGACUGUGGAACCCGGCAGGGGAAGAGGUGGGGAUCAAGCGUGCUGCAUGGAUUCUGGGGCAGCGCUUCCCCAUGCGGACGCUGCCGUACAUUACACACCACCCGCGCAGCCUGUCGUUGCCUUUGCUCAAGGAGGCGGCACAGACGUUUCCGGAUGCAUUUGCGAACACGACCCUGGCGCGGUUCCGGGCGCAGGAGGAGGUACCUGAUUCGAUCCAGGCGUUCUUUUUGGCGAGCUGGUACAUUGUGGAGCGACAUCGAGAGGCGUUGUUGUGGACGUGGGCAGUGGCAAAGUGGGGCGGUGAGGCAGGGUGGAUUUCGAGUGAGGUAAGCAGGGCUAUGUGGGAAGAGCUGGCCCAGGCGAACGGUGCUGCUGAUGGUGCGAACAAGAUCGAUGUUCGACGACCGGUGCGCAGGUCCAGAGACGCAGAUGCGGACGCGUUCGAAAAGGCCGGUGUGCCAGCACCGAAGAACACGCAAUACUCGUUCUCGUCGCACGACGGCCAUGCACUAUCGUAUCUCGAUUGGAGCUGGCCGUGGGAGCGAAGUCGCAACGGCUAUCCUGAUCUGAGUGGCGAAACCCCGGGAGAAAGACGAAGACACGCACGCUCCUGGCUGCCGUCGGACAGGUCGGAAACGCGCCACGUCUGCCAGAUUUCCCUUUCGAAGUGCUUUGCCCCGCAGGCGUCAGCGGGCGAAAGCGCAGACUCGCUGUUCAGACGCAUCGCCUUCGCGCAGGCGUCGUGUGGCGACUGCAUCCUCGCCGCGCUCCUGCACGCAUCCGGUGCGUCGGGCAUCUCGGCCUUCCUCCCGCCUCCCUCUGCCACUCUUCACGUCGCCCCCUCCUUCAUCGACCUCGGCUCCAGAGCACACCUCCCGCUCACCCCUGACUGGCGCACAUCCAACUUCUCCCUCGCUUCCAUCCUCCCUCCCCAUCCGCAGGGAAAGCAGAUCUCGCUCCGAACGUGGUGCACCCGCCUCAUCCAGCGGUACCAGUACGUGUUGGGCUCGACACCCUCGACGUUCUACAAGGUCGAGUACGCCUCGCGCCUGCCGGGGCAGCUCAAGGCCGUCGACGAUACGCUCGCGACAGCUGAGCCGACGACCUACGUCUGUCUGAAUGACGACAUUAAAGAAGGGGCCGAGGGGACGCGCAAGCUGAACGGCAUCAUGCACGAGUGGUUUGCCAGUCACUGGUCGGCUCGAAUCCCCGGUGAGAUUUCGCUCUGA